AUUGGUUACAGCCCGCGAGCGAGCGACUUGAACACGGUUUAAAUCCGAACGCGCGGACAACAGUCUCAUUUCAGAAGUUUCAUAAAAAGGUUACAAGAUACUGUGAGUGAGGAGCUCGAUGGUCAGCUUGGACAGUGGAAAUUUGUUGUGCUCAGAGAAUUGAGUUCAUAUGAUAACGGGCUCCUUCCCAGAAUUGGUAAGGUACUUACUCUCAGGCUGCCACGUGUGGAUCAGGAGAGGUCAAGGAGGAGUGGGAAAUGUUAAACCAAAACUCUGACUCUGUCACUUUCCGUUCAGCCAAUCCUCUCAGAAUCCUGAACAGAGGCCCGGAGUAUUUCCGGAACCAGCUGUGCAGGAGCCCUCCAGCCCUGAGUGCGGUUGAACAGCUGGAGGCCGACAAAGUGAAAUACGUGAAGAGCUCAAAAUUAGUGGGAGCCAGGCAGGAGCCAGUGAGACCAGGCAGACCAGUCUACCGUAGCCCCAGGAAACUUGCUGGUGCUGGGGGGAGCUGCAGAGCGGAGACGACAGCCCCAAACCUGGAGGUUCUGCGCAACUUGAUCCGAGGCUGCGAUCUUCCGAGUCCAACCAAAAAAGGACCAUACCCCUGUGGACAAUCAGUGGGUACUGGGUUGGAAAAUCAGCAAGGCAGCAACUAUCUGCAAGCAGGCACCUCCAUGCCAGUUUACAGAGGGGUGGUGAGGAGGGUAGAUGUCAGGCCAAGUGUUUGCAGGCACUUCCGGAGGUGGCCAACUCUCUCUCCAGCCAAGCUGCAGCUUUCCCCCAUGGAGGAUUGUCCAGAGCUAACCCUGCAGACCAAGGUCCCUGUGUACCAAUCAGAUUCUGAGUUGCUUGACCAAAACUGCCAAGCCCAGGCUGAACUCGAAAAGUUCUUCAACUAUUGCGGUCUGGAGCCCGAGGACCUGGAUUCUCCCGUAAUGGAGCAAUUGGCACAGCCUAGCUCGGACAACCUGUCUCUCAAAUUGCAGAGUGUUAGUGCCUGUAGCUCACAGCACAGCAAUACAGCAGGGGAGUGGUCAGGAAAGGCCAUCUCAAAAGGAGUCUCCAUCAUUGAACGCAAUGCCAGGAUCAUUAAAUGGCUGUACAACUGCAGGGAAGCCAGGGGCGUGUGAGGAUCAGGAGCAGGUGCUGCUGCUGUUUGGGGCUUGCCUCCUUCUUCCAUGCUGCAUCUUGCUUUCCCAUUCCAUACCCUAGCCUGCCCUCAUUUUUUCACACCAUCGUUUACUUAUCCAAGAUGCCAUCUGUUAACUGUAGAAUUUGCUGAAUCCUUCAAAUGAAACAAGUCAAUAGAAUUAUUGCAAUCAAAAUGAAUUGAGUAGCUUUGUUUAGAUUUGUGAUUACUGGUCAACAAUGAUAAAUAAGUUGGUCAGAUCAUGAGUUGAAGAUCAGAAAUCAACAGAAUUGCUAAGAACAGAUAGAAAGAUAGUGAAAUGCGCACAGUGGAAAUGAUGACCCAACAGUCUUGUCGAGCCAACAAUCGAAGGAGAAACUGAAGCUAAAAGCAGAAUCAGAUGAGUAGAUAAAAACUGAUAAGUAGAUUAAGGGAGGUCCGAAGAAAGAGAGAAAAAGCAAGACAUUGGCCCUGCUAAGGCUAUGAAGACAAGGUUCCCUGACAUUGUUGAUCACGUCUGAACAUAAACUGUUUGAAAAAUUGUUCGGUUAGUUUGCUGCUUCACAGAAUGUGAUUUUUAUUAUGUAGAAUU